AUGGUACGGCAACAGAGACUGAAGAUAGAAUGUGACGAUGUGAAGGAAGCAGUGGCAAGAUAUGCAGAGGGUUCGAUAAGCGUCAGAGGAGCGGUGGCUGAAUUAAAGGCCAAAGGAAUUUCCAUAUCAACGGCCACGAUCGCAAAAUAUGCACGCUUGAAAACUGGUGUUCGGAAAGUGUUCAGCGAUAAUGGAACGUUGCGGAUGUCACUUUCACGAAAACUGCAUCGAACCAUACUGAAUAUUCGUGAGGGAUCGGGUGUACGCCAGUAUUGCCUUGUGAGUGGAAUAGAAGAACGACGACUGAAACGAUACAAAUGUCAGCAAUGCUUCAAUCUGCGUGCCACUGGAACAUUGGACAAAGUUCCCGUGAUCCACGUGAGAGAGGGCAAGAUCGAGGGUGAUAUACAUCCAGUGCACGAUCACAGAUGCAAGCCACUGAGUGUGGAGGAAGUGAUUGCUGUGGCUGAGGAUCGAGAGAGUAGACUGCGAGUUCGGCAAGGUCUACAACAACCCAAAGCUGCUUUCAACGAGGGAUUCGAUCGUAUUGUACAGCUGGCCAAGAAUUCAGGUGAAUCAGCGAGUAGAGCGUUCACUAUGUCUACAAUCUAUCCAUCGUGGAAUCGAGUUGCGCAUUCGUACUAUCGAGCAAGACGAUACGCGUUAGAAUUUUGCUUCAUCUUUAAAAUUACAUCUUCAUUCAUUCGAAAGAAGAAACAAAAAAAUAAUGAAGAUGCUGAACACGUCAGUGACACCAACAAUUCUCUGGCAACAACAGCCACCACAUCAUAUAACAGUCAAGUUUCUGAGCAAUCCUCCGAUGUGUAUCGCGCAGAAGUCGUCGACUCUUCAUCUCAUUUAGUUGAUCCAUCCACUUAUGAUCACAUUCCGCACAACUACGUUCAUUCCGAGCCUGGAAGCGCCACCACCACCUUUCGUCACCAAGCAAGUGCCGUUUCGGCCAAGGAUGGGCANGAUGAGGGUGAAUUGGUUAAAUGCGAAUCCUAUAAUGUCAAUCCGAUUUCAAAUUUCCGUCGAACUGAUGUCAUCCAGGAGGGCAUCAUUCAACCGGAUCAAGGAAAUGAGAUUGGAGAAGAUGAAUGGAUUUGUGUGGAGUUCAUAGACGAAGCUGAUAUGGCGGCGGCCUCAUCAAGUCAUGAAGUGGCAUCGCCCAGUGGUUACUCACUCUAUCAGCCUGUCAUUGAGUCGCAGCCUCAUCCCACUUACGAUAAUGAUUAUGAAGAUAACAAAGAGGAUCAUCCAGAAACGUCCACUAAACUGAGUGAAUGUCAACGAAACGAACGUGAAUGUGCAUCUGAAACAGAUUCCCAACAAGAGGAAAUCAUCGAUCCGGGCACGUAUGCUCUUGCACCUCCACCAUCGAGUGACUAUGUCGAGGUGAUAUCCAAUAAUCAGCCGCAAGGAUUCAUUGACUCAAAACUGACACUGAGGGAUAUUCUAUUACCGCGAUAUUAUAAACGACCACAGGGAAUAAAAAAGUCAAACGUCAAAAAGAGGUCGUCGAAGAAUCGUUUGCGAACACCUUCAGUAGAGCAGAUGAUUUCAACGAAUUGUGGAGCAGCAGUUAACGAUCAACUGAGCUGUGUUUCGAGCGAUCGGUGCAGUAAAAUAGGUAAUCUAAUAAUGGAUAAUCUAAAAAGAGCGUAUGAAGAAGAUAAGGAAGUCGGUGUACAACUGGAAAGUGAAUUAGUAAAAAUUGUUAACAAAUAUCAUGAAAAGAAGAAUCAUAUGUAUUGA